AGACAAAUUGGAUAAGAACACACUACUGGGGUUGAAAUGGCGGAUCCAUUAACUUGGGCCCCAGAUUUUUCUAUCCCCACGUCUUCAAAUACCGUGCCCCAUUUGUUCGCUUCUCAAUAUCAGGCAUGCAAUUAGCUGGUUUAAAGUGAGCCACUUUAAACGUAAGCCACGUCUUCUUCUUCUUCUUCUUCAUUCCACCUGCAGCCCUGGGUUCGUGGGAUCUUCAUUCUUCGUGCUUUCAGUGAUCAACGGCUCGGAUUUGUCAAGUUUUGGACUCUUGAGAAGUUUCAGAGAAAAUGGUAACUAGGACGGUGGAUUUUCGGUCAGACACAGUGACAAAGCCAACGGAAGCAAUGCGAGCUGCCAUGGCGAGUGCUGAAGUGGAUGAUGAUGUGCUAGGCUCUGACCCAACUGCUUCUCUCUUAGAAAGAGAGAUGGCAAAGAUAAUGGGGAAGGAGGCAGCCUUGUUUGUUCCAUCAGGGACUAUGGGAAACCUUGUGAGUGUGCUUGUGCAUUGUGAUAUCAGGGGAAGUGAAGUGAUUCUGGGAGACAAUUCCCAUAUCCAUAUUUAUGAGAAUGGAGGCAUUUCCACUAUUGGAGGAGUACAUCCAAGACCUGUGAAAAAUAAUGAAGAUGGAACCAUGGACAUUAACUCAAUUGAGGCUGCCAUCAGAGAUCCAAAGGGGGAGCUUGUCUAUCCAACCACUAGACUUAUCUGCUUGGAAAAUACUCAUGCAAAUUCUGGUGGGAGAUGCCUUUCUGUAGAAUAUACAGACAAAGUUGGAGAAUUAGCUAAGAGGCAUGGACUGAAGCUUCACAUCGAUGGAGCUCGUAUUUUCAAUGCAUCAGUUGCACUUGGUGUUCCUGUGGAUAGGCUAGUCCAAGCAGCAGAUUCAGUUUCAGUUUGCCUCUCAAAAGGUCUUGGUGCUCCAGUUGGAUCUGUUAUUGUUGGCUCCAGUAGCUUUAUCACCAAGGCUAGGCGGCUCCGAAAAACCUUAGGUGGCGGAAUGAGACAGGUUGGCAUCCUUUGUGCUGCAGCACUGGUUGCGUUGCGGGAAAAUGUUGUCAAGCUGGAGAGUGAUCACAAGAAAGCUAAACUUUUGGCUGAAGGAUUGGAUCAAAUUAAAGGACUUAAACUAGAUGCUCCUUCUGUGAAGACCAAUAUUAUAUUUAUUGAUAUUGAAGAAAGCUUAAGAAUUACAGCAGGAAAGCUAUGCAAGGACUUGGAACAACGUGGCAUCCUUGUGAUGCUGGAGAGCUCUUCAAGAUUGAGAAUUGUGUUGCACCACCAAAUAUCAGCAAGUGAUGUGCAGUACGCCUUGUCAUGCUUUCAGCAAGCGGUAAAGGGGGUGCAAAAUGAAAACGGCAUUUAGUCAGAAGAAUUUGAGUUUGCUGCCUUAUAUAUAAAUCCAUUGGGUUGUAUACCAUUGUGCCUCUCUUUAUCAUUUUCAUUUUCGCUUGAUCUGUGUCAUGUGGAACUUAUGUAAGAACAAUUGGUCCUAGCUACGUUUUAAUAAAUUAUAUUAAGUGUAUUUUGCCUAA